AAAAAAAAAACUUCUGACGCAUUUCAGCUCAGAACUCGCCUGUGAUCGGAUCCUUUCAGCAAACCUCACAUCUCUUAAGCAAUUUUUUUACAUUUCUGAACAUCUCUAUUCACCUUUUUAACACCUUUACCAUUAAUCUGAGCAUUUUCCUGCACGAAUGUCCUCUUCUGAAGAAAUGCCGGAUUACACAAGCUGGGAUUCGUCCAACUCUGAACCGUGGGUUGAGGAUGGUGAUGUCCAGCACUUUGUCCCUGUUCCCCACAUGUACAACCAGGAACAGGACUUCACCCCCAUCACUCAGGGCCAGGCGUAUUACAACCUGCCUGCCCAGCCACAGCCAUAUUGCGCAAGUUGGGAUUGGUCAAGCUCUGAUCCGUGGGUUGAGGAUGGGGAUGUCCAGCACCUUGUCCCUGCCCCCCAUGUGUACAACCAGGAACAGGACUUCACCCCCAGCACUCAGGGCCAAGCGUAUUACAGCCUGCCCUCCCAGCCAUAUUGCGCAAGUUGGAAUUCGUCGAGCUCUGAACCGUGGGUUGAGGAUGGGGAUGUCCAGCACCUUGUCCCUGCCCCCCAUGUGUACAACCAGGAACAGGACUUCACCCCCAGCACUCAGGGCCAAGCGUAUUACAGCCUGCCUGCCCAGCCAUAUUGCGCAAGUUGGGAUUCGUCGAGCUCUGAACCGUGGGUUGAGGAUGGGGAUGUCCAGCACCUUGUCCCUGCCCCCCAUGUGUACAACCAGGAACAAGACUUUACCCCCAGCACUCAGGGCCAAGCGUAUUACGGCCUGCCUGCCCAGCCGUAUUACCUCAGCUGGGACACAAUUUUCUGCUUUGGACCGUGGGUUGGAGCUGGUGACCUGCCACACCCUAUCCCAUCCUCCCACGUGUACCACCAGGAGCAGAUAUUCACUCCCAGCGCUCAGGGCCAGCAGAUAGAGCUUCCAGGGAUGGCUACAAUGUCAGAGAACCAAAAUUGCAGCUCCAUGCCUGAUAACACAAGACAGCCAGGGAUAUUAUGGAGGAAAGUGGAGAAAAAAAAAUACAGCUGCUGCUGUGCUCCAACUUGGAUUAGGUCUAGACACCAUCCUGAUAAUUUCUUUCAGAAAUUUAUAUGAAAUCUUAGCAGUUCACAUCGACCUCCCCCUAACUGGGGUGACAUUCGGCCUCAGGAGAAAGGGAUGGUCAGAAGGAAGAUACUUAGAGGAACUUUAAAAUGUUGUAUAUUUGUAUGUAGUACAAUUGCAUGUAGUAUUGCACUUUGCUGUACAACAAAUAAUUACAUUAAUACCAACUGGUGAGUACAUGGAGUGUCAAUAUGCAAUUUUAAUGAAAUCCGGGGGGUGGGGCACACAGUAAGACAGUAACUAAACAACACACACGGAUAAAUCCUUCUUUUUUCUUUCUUUACACGUUAAUUCCGGUUGCCUUUUAGUGUGUUAUGAUUAAACGUGUUGCAGAUCAUGCCAUAUAGUUCAUAAUAAUGACAGAUACAGAUUUGGGUGCGGUUUCAUUGUUAUUUCCAAUAUGUAUUUUCAUGCGCGGGGUAGGAUUGUGUGUUUAUUUUUGUUUACUAUAAUUGUUUGAUGUGUAUAUUACUAAUUUGUUUGUUCAUGACUCAUUUCCUUAUCUUUCUUAAAUGAAUUAGUUUAUUUACUCUAAUUGUGUUACCAAAUGUUAGUGUUAUUCUCUGUGUGUGUAAUGGACUAGUCCUUUGUGUAUAUAAGGUCCCCUUGUGUGUGGCUUGGGAAGUGAUUUUUUGUUGUUGUUUAGUUGUUAUGAUUAUUUAUUUUUGAUUAUUGUUGUUUGGUUCUGUGUAGUUGACCCUUUUUAUGGGCCCAGACCUGACGUUAUGUUCAUUCAGUUGGUUAUUUUUAUUUAUUUAUUUAUGUAUUUAUUUAUUUAUUAGCAAUUAAAAUUGUAACUUUGAUUGGUUUGCAUUUAAUAAAUUAUUUUUUGUUUGGAAA